UCCGGCCUUCCUCGGCCUCCCCUUUCCUAGCGUGGCUGCCUGUCGCUGGAAAGGAAAGGCGGCGUAGGCGUGGAUGUUGUAGCGGGCAAGAAGCUACCAAACCCACCCAAGGGAAUGCAAAACUUUGCAUUGGAACUCUACCUUUUACGACGUUUGUGCGCGCCCCCCCUCCUCACGUCGCCUGGUUUCUCAUGGAAGCGGAUGGAUUUGUGAGGAGGCGUCGGAUGACAGCGGAGACUGCAGGCAAUGAUCCCGGGGUUGCUGGCGCAUCUGCGGGGGCAGAAGUCCGAUGGCUGGGGGGUCGGUUCUUGGGAGUUUCCGAAAGUAUCGUGGGAAGCCUAACACCGCGAAUUGGAAACGAGACGGAACUACAGACUGUUGAGUUCAUCCGGAACACACAGGAGCAAAGUGAUGACUCUGAACCCGACUAUGAGGGCUUGCCACAGGGAGCCUCCACCAGCACCCACAUGUUGGCCGGAGCUGUGGCUGGGAUCAUGGAGCACUGCCUCAUGUUCCCCAUCGAUUGUGUCAAGACAAGAAUGCAGAGCCUCCAGCCCGACCCGGCCGCCCGCUACAGGAACGUGAUGGACGCCCUCCGCCGAAUCGUAACCACGGAGGGAGUUUGGCGGCCAAUGAGAGGGCUGAAUGUGACCGCUAUCGGGGCGGGUCCUGCCCAUGCCCUCUAUUUUGCCAGCUAUGAGAAACUCAAAAAGACUCUGAGUGAUGUGAUCCACCCCGGGGCUAACAGUCAUUUGGCUAAUGGAACCGCCGGAUGUGUGGCCACACUGCUUCAUGACGCAGCCAUGAACCCAUCAGAAGUCGUGAAGCAGCGCAUGCAGAUGUAUAAUUCGCCCUAUCGUGGCGUGUUGGACUGUGUACGCGCCGUGUGGCAGAAAGAGGGAGCUGCCGCGUUCUAUCGCAGCUACACCACCCAGCUCACCAUGAACGUGCCCUUCCAAGCGCUCCACUUCAUGACCUACGAGUACCUGCAGGAGCUGCUCAACCCACACAGACACUACAACCCCUCGUCCCACAUGCUAUCCGGAGCCUUGGCCGGGGCCUUGGCCGCCGCCGCUACCACACCCCUGGAUGUCUGCAAGACCCUGCUCAACACCCAGGAGUCGCUGGCCCUCAGUUCCCUAUCGGCCAACCAAGGAGCCCACAGACAGAUCACAGGCCUGGCCCACGCCUUCCGGACGGUUUACAGGCUGGGCGGCCUGCGGGGCUUCUUCAAGGGAGUGCAGGCGAGGGUAAUCUACCAGAUGCCCUCCACAGCCAUCAGCUGGUCCGUGUACGAGUUCUUCAAGUAUGGACUCACCAAGCACCAGCAUGACAAGAGGAGAGCGCAGCAGAUGGAGGCGGAGACGUAGACCUGUUGUCACGCUGCAAGGAGAAAAUGCUGAUUAUACGCACAUGAAAUCACACUAAGAUUUAUCUCUACUGACCCAUUGCAACCAAGCAUAGCAGAGAAGAACGGUAUCUUCAGAAAGGUUUUUUUUAAUUUAAGUCCAUCAUUUGACAUGCUUUGAUUCGUGUUGUUUCCCGGUGUUUGAGCGUUUUAACUACAAUUCGCCAGCAGAGGGCAGUAGCGUUAUUUUCUUCAAUUUUGACAUAUUUUUUUUACCCAGGCAAUUCAGAGCCAUUUUUUUUACUCUCCCUAUUUUUUGGCAGUUGCAUUAACAUUUGCAGGGAAUGUAUUAGAAUCCUAUAAAUAAUGAAGAAAUCCGUGUGAAUUGAACCCUACAGAUUGUUCGGUAUAUAAUGUGACGUAUAACCAGGGAUCAAGUUGAGGUUUAUUUGCCCCUGUGAUAGGAUCAGACACAUCUGAUUAACCCAAAGCACAUAUUUAAUUUAUUUUUGCCCUUUUUUCUAAAUGGCAUGUAAAAUUGAGUCAUUCUUUUUUUCUCCCCCCCCACAAACUGUUUUCCUUUUUCCUCCCAUUGAUGUGUUGAAACAACCCCAGUACUUCUCAGCUAUUCACCAUUAUUGCCUUGUAUGCAGUUCCAACUGAAGCUAUCUAGUUUAUCACACUGCUACUACUGAGUGUUAAUAUCUCUGCUUGGAUGGCCGAGGUUGUAUGGAAUGAAUCAUGGCCCCCAAAAGUCUGACUUUUAAGUCACCUCGAUAAGCUAUCUCGGAAAACGUCAAUGUUGAACCCACGCUGAGUAAAUGGAAGCUGUUCUUACUGAUUGUCUGUUUCCGACUCUGAAUUGCACUCAUCAAAUGAAUAAUAAAUUACGAGCAGCGCACAGUGCUCAUAAAUCA